AUGGGCAAGAGUGCAGGUGGUCAUGGUAUAGUACGUUCUGAGACCGCGCGUGAGGGAAGAGAGAAUCAGGUUUACUCUCCUGUUACAGGUGCAAGAUUGGUUGCUGGUUGCAUAUGCUUGACACCCGAUAAGAAGCAAGUUCUCAUGAUCACUUCUUCUGCGCAUAAGAAGAGAUGGAUUGUACCAAAAGGUGGUGUUGAAAAAGACGAGCCCAACUAUGAAACGACUGCUCAACGUGAGACGUGGGAAGAAGCAGGUUGCGUGGGGGAAGUUGUUGCCAGCUUGGGCACAGUGGAAGACAUGAGACCUCCGAAGGACUGGAACAAAGACAUCAAGCAAUUUGAAAAUUCUAGGGGAGAUUUGGAAGUAGCAAAACAUCCGCCAAGAACUGAAUUUCACUUUUACGAAUUGGAAAUUGAGAAGCUGCUUGACAAGUUUCCUGAAUGUCAUAAAAGAAACAGAAAAUUAUACACUUAUAGAGAAGCUAAAAGAAACUUGAUAGAUGCCAAAAGGCCCGAAUUAUUGGAGGCCCUUAACAGGUCAGCUAUUAUCAAAGACGAUGAAUAA